CGAACGUUCAAACGUAAUUCGUUCGUUGAACCGAGUGAAAGUGAUUUCAGUAUAUGGAUUUUAUAAUGAGCAAAUUAAUAUUUUUCGUUGCAAUUUUAUACUGGGCAAGUUACUAUGCAUACGCGAGGCAAAUAUCGGUAACUUGUAGUUGGGGUGAACCAACUACAACUAGAAUCGAUCCAUUUGCCUGUUUCAUCCGCAUUCCAUUCAAGUUAACGCCCAAUGAUACGCUGACGUUUAACAGUGAAAUUGACCCAUCCGAACUAACUAUUAUUAACUUCUGGCUACCGUCCGCUUCACGUUAUCAGUGGGAUAUAACAUUCAUUCCAAAAGGAAUAUUCGAAAGAUUUUCACAUCUAAAAAGUUUCACACUACCAGGUCACGUGGAGAGUAUAUCUCAUGAUGAUUUUAUGCAUGCAGUCAAUCUUGAGCGCUUAUCAUUUGGCAAUCAAUUGAAAGUGAUACCCGGAAAUGUCUUUGAUCGAGUCGCCAAAUUGGAAGUACUUGAUUUAUCGUGGAAUAAAAUCGCAUCGAUUCAUGAAAACAGUUUCAAAGGAUUGAGUAAUUUGCGAACGCUAAAGUUGCACCGAAAUCAAUUGCAAAAAUUUAAAUUACGUACUUUCGAAAAUGUGCCUCUGUUAGAAGAGUUGCUAUUGAAUAAUAAUCAUAUUGAAACCGUUGAGGAUGGUAUCUUAAAAUUACCAAAAUUGAAACAUCUGGAUUUAUCCUACAACAAACUCACCGAAUUGUCGAAUUUAAUUUUCAAAGACUGUCGUAAACUGGAAUAUUUAGAUUUGCGAUCCAAUCAUAUCACAUCAAUCAAACGUUCAGUUUACAAUUUAAACAGUUUGCAACUUUUAAAUUUGGACAACAAUCGAAUUUCUGAUAUUUACCUGCGAGCUAUUGUUCGAUUACCCUCACUCGAAUAUAUAUCGAUGGAAAAUAAUGGAGCCUCACUUAACGAUAACAUUUUUGUGAGUGAAUCAAUGUCCGGCAGCUCGAAAUCAGCGAUAAAGAGCCUUCUGUUGUCGGGAAAUAAUUUGAAAAAUCGUGAAUUACUAGUCCGGCUCUGGUCGCUUGGGCUAACGCAUUUAGAAAAAUUACAUAUUGAUAAUAAUUCCUUUGAAUACAUCGACUUUUAUCCAAUUUAUGCGUUUCCCAAAUUGAAAGAGAUCAACCUGGGCAAAAACUAUUGGAAAUGUGAAUGGUUAGAAGAAACAUUGAAAAAACUCGAAGCAGAUGGUAUCGAAUUGAAUUUGUUUAGUAGCCGUUUUCCCAGCUCAACAUCGUUUAAGCAUAUUAAUUUCAUUCCGUGCAUUUGAACCGGAAAUUGUUGCAAGGAAAAUAUAAUUUGACACCAUUUCUUUUUGUAUUAAGUACAUUUUUUCUAUGUAAGAAAUUAAAAGGACAUAAUAAUAAAAAUAAUAAGAAUUAAA